AUGGCGCCCACUGCAAAACAAAACACCAAGCCCGUCUUCAAAACGGCGUCACCUUUUACAGAGACUCAAUGGCCAGAGCUAUCGCACGACGAUGAGCUGGUCGUCCUCGAAAUGCUGUCCAACCUCAUCGCGCCGCUAGGCGACCACCGCAGAACCCACAUGCACCCAUCCAAAGGCAAGAAGCGAAAGCGCGCUACCACCAAACCGGAUCAAGAUGACUCCACCACCGAGACCCCACCGCCUCCACCACCCAUAGGCAACCACCUACUCAUUGGCCUCAACAGCGUCACCCGGCAUCUCGAGGCCCUAGCAGCAAAGACGGCACCCUCGACGACACUCGUCGCU